UUCCAAACUCACUUUCCUCCUCAUAUUCUCAAAAGUAUUGCACACAUCUUCUGUAUUCUUAAUUUAAAACAUCAUUGUUCAAGUAUCAAUAAAUCGUUCAUUAAGCAUAUAAUCAACUUGUAAAGUGCUUAAUAUAUACAAAACAUAAUAUUUUAUAUGUCAAAUUUUUAUUUCAAAAAAAAAAAUGCAGUACUCCAAAAACUAAAUUUAAAAGUACAAACAUUACUUAAAGACAUGUUACUAAACUCUAAUCAAUAUACAAUCAUGAUUUGCAGUUAAUAUUCACUAAACUAUGUGAAAAACAAUUCAGUUUUAUUAAAUUUAAAUUUACAUGUUUUAGAUUUUUUUUAUAUUUACAUGGUGUCAAUCUAUUUUCUAUCAAAAUAGUUUCUUUUUUAAUUAUAUAAAUUAAUUAUAAGGUUAAAUACACAAGUAACAAUUUUUGAGAUAUCUUCUAGAGAACAGUUCAUUGUCUCGAAAAUACUUCUUAAGGCUAUAAUAAUGAAUUUUUUUUUAUAAUUUUUGUUUUUGUCAUAAGAGAAUCGUUGUGAUUAUACUAUUAUUUUAUAUUAUUUUUGCAUUUGAUUGAAUUUAGCGUAUAAUGUUGCAAUUUUUUUUUCACGUAUUUAAGAAUAUACGACUAUAAUGAUUUUUAAAAUCUAAUGAAUAUGCAGAUUUCUUAAAGUUUUGAUUUUAUUAGUUAACCUGUCUAGAAUUCAGUCUCAAUACCACUAUAUUUUUUAAUAAACAACACUAUAUUUUUUAAUAAGAAUGCUAGAGUCAAUAUACUAGUAUAGUAACAAUAAAAUAAAACUUACAAAAAUCAUACAAACUGUAAUUCCUUCUAUCCCCCCAGUUUUGUAUUUGAGUCAGCAUUGUAAAUUAUUUUUAACAAUUCCCUUAGAAGAAAAAGAAGAGUGUACCAGGGAGGAAUCACAUGUGUCCGAAGUUGCUAGCCGAAAAGAGUCAACGAGGAGGUAGGUUCUCUCUCAUUUCUCUCCGGCACUGACUCUCUUAAACUUUAUAAUAAAGCCUUGGUUUGGUCUCUCUCUCUCUAUUUCACGCACGUACGAACGAACAGACAAACAAAACACAAAGCGAACUCGAUAAAAUAACUAAAGGAAAAAAAAAACAACAAUUCCUUUAGGGCACAAAGAGAAACACAAUCUUCAACAACAACAAAGAAGAAAAAGCAAAUUUCGCGGCUAAAAAUUCAAUCGCUUCAACUGGUCUACAAAUCGAGAAUUAGCGGUGCGGAUUUCAAAAUCUGGGUUUUAGUUAACCGAAGAUGGGGUCAGAAUCAGAAUCAGAUCAAUGCUCUUCCAGAUUGAACACUCUCGAGAUCAAAUCCCUAAUUUACCAGAAACUAGGGCACUCGAGAGCCAACACUUACUUCGACCACCUCGGCAAAUUCCUCACCUCGAGGAUAACCAAGUCCGACUUCGACAAGACCGUCGCUAGAGAACUCGUCCCUCUCCACAACCGUCUCCUUCGUUCCCUCCUCAAGAACGCAGCCGCCGCCAAAUCUCCUCCUCCGAGGUACCUCAAGAGACUAUCUGCAUUCCCUCCCUCGCCUCGAAAAUGCAGGUCCAGGAAGUUUAGGGACCGGCCGAGUCCUCUCGGCCCGCUCGGGAAGCCUCAGAGCAUCACGACAACGAACGACGAGUCGUUGUCGAAGAUGCAGAGGCUUUCUAUGGAAGAAGGAGAAGAGGUUGAACAGCGCGUACCGAGUCAGUUAACCGCGCCGCUCGGCGUUUCGUCAACCGGAGUUAGAAGGUCUUUUGGCGAGACUUGUUGUCGGAACAGCGGCGAGUUGCCUGAUGCGAUGACGUUGAAGAGUGUGUUGGAGAGGAGGCUGGAGAAGGAAGGGAUGAAGUUAACUAUGGACUCUGUUGAUGUUUUGAAUAGCGGGUUGGACGCGUUUAUUACAAGGCUGAUAAAGCCUUGUUUGAGUUUGGUCCAGCGACAGCGAGUGUCGGUGUUGGAUCUUCGCGCUGCUGUGGAGCUGAAUCCACGUGUUCUUGGAGAGGAUUGGCCUAUUCAUCUAGAGAAAAUCUGUUCUCGCGCUUCUUCUGAGGAGUAGAGUUGUGAAGAAAAGAGCCGUUAUAUAGCGAUUUUGGAUAAUCAUAUUUGAUUGAUCGAUUCUUUUCCUGGAGUAUGGAUGGAAUUGCCAUUAGAGUGUUCUCGAAGAAGCUUUGAAGGGGGAAACAGAAGAGGCUUCAGGUUGUACAAGUUGUGAUAGUUAUAUAUAAUAUAUAGUUUAAGACACCAUUUGUUUAGAAGACAUCUUUUACUUAUGUAGUUUUCUUACUUUCGCAUGUCUUCUCGUAAUGUAACAAAUUUUCCAUUAGAGCAAAAGAGUUUUCUAAA